AUGCGCAGUUUGAAGAUGAUGGAUGGGUGUAAAGGUACACAGGUAUACGCCCUCAACCCAACGGCCAGCGGAGCCGCCGCCGCCGGCGGCGUCGGGGAGAAAUUCCUCCAACAUUUGCAGGAUCACCUCAGGGUAAACUCGGUCCGGUCGAAAUCACAUCGGCGCUACCAGAGUUUCUCCCAGCCCAACAAUCUAAAUUCGGAGAUUGUGUCAGAGGCCCUCGCGAUCUACGGUCCCCCGCAGACGGAUCUCAUCGAGCCUCAGAUCGACCCGUGCCUCAGGUUUGUGGAUUUUGUUGGGACUCUGGCCGAAGUCUACAGGCGGCUUGAGGGCUGCCCUGAAUCCAGGAGAUCCGAGCUUUACAUGGAGCAGUGCGCGAUUUUCCGGUGGCUUCCCGACCCGAAGCUCUUCAGGAGGUGCUUGCGCUCGGCCAGGCAGCACGCGGUGGACGUGCAUUCCAAGGUUGUACUCUCGGCCUGGCUGAGGUUCGAGAGGAGGGAGGACGAGCUUUUCGGGGUCUCGGCUAUGGACUGCAGUGGGUGGAACAUGGAAUGCCCGAAAAUGUCCCUCGUCUCGGGGUACAAUCCCGAGUCCUCUCACGACACCUGCUCCUUUAUGGAGUCGAAAAAGGAGAGGAUAUAUUUCACACAGAACGGGAUCUCGGCAAAGGCAAUGCGGGCAGCUGAGGUCUUCAGCAGGACCAAAAGCAUGGACUCUUUCGACCCGAAUGUCGUUUUCGAGCUUCUGGUCCUGGCCAAUAGAUUCUGCUGUUUCGAGAUGAAAUCCGCUUGUGAUGCUUAUUUGGCGGCCCUCGUCGAUGACAUGGACACUGCUGUGCUACUAGUCGAGUACGGCCUUGAUGAGACCGCGUAUCUAUUGGUGGCGGCUUGUCUACAGGUGUUCUUAAGGGAGCUUCCGAAUUCCAUGCACAAUCCGAACGUGAUGAAAGUUUUUUGCAGCUCGGAGGCCAAGGACAGGUUAAGUCAGGCGGGGCACGCGUCUUUUCUGCUAUACAAUUUGUUGAGUCAGAUAGCUAUGGAGGAGGAUAUGAAGUCAAACACAACAGUUAUGCUGUUGGAGAGGAUGGGAGAGUGUGCGAACGAGGACUGGCAGAAGCAGUUGGCUUUUCACCAGCUGGGCUGCGUGAUGCUCGAGAGGAAAGAGUACAAAGAUGCUCAGAAGUGGUUCGAGGCGGCUUUUGAGGCGGGUCACGUUUAUUCCUUAGUGGGUGUGGCGAGGGCGACUAACAAGCGUGGGCACAAGUACAAAGCAUAUAAAUUAAUGAACUCGCUAAUUUCUGAUUACCCGCCAGCUGCCGGGUGGAUGUAUCAAGAACGGUCCUUAUACAGUAGUGGGAAAGAGAAAAUGAUGGAUCUCAACACGGCUACUGAAAUGGACCCCACGCUUUCUUUUCCGUACAAAUACAGAGCUGUUUCGAUGAUGGAGGAGGACAGACUCGUUACAUCUAUAUCCGAGAUUAACAAGAUUAUCGGUUUUAAGGUCUCGCCCGAUUGUCUCGAACUGCGUGCUUGGUUUUUGAUUGCUCUGGAGGAAUACGAAGGGGCUUUGACCGACGUGCGUGCUCUCUUGACUUUAGAUCCUCAGUAUAUGAUGUUUCAUGGGAAGUUGCCAGGGGAUCAGCUGGUUGAGCUUUUAUGUCAUCACGUGCAGCAGUGUAGCCAGGCCGAUUGUUGGAUGCGGCUGUAUGAUAGGUGGUCUUCUGUGGAUGAUAUUGGUUCUUUAGCUGUUGUUCAUCAUAUGUUGUCUAAUGAUCCUGGGAAGAGCCUUUUGAGGUUCAGACAAUCUUUGCUUUUGCUAAGAUUAAACUGCCACAAGGCUGCCAUGAGAAGUCUAAGAAUGGCCCGAAACCAUGCAGCUUCCGAGCACGAGAGGCUUGUCUAUGAGGGAUGGAUUCUAUAUGACACAGGCUACCGUGAAGAAGCCAUAGCAAAAGCCGAGGAGUCCAUCUCAAUCCAACGUUCGUUCGAGGCCUUUUUCCUCAAAGCAUAUGUUCUGUCCGAAAAGACAACUGAUCACGACUCGUCUUUCUAUGUUAUCCAGCUUCUUGAGGAGGCCCUCAGGUGUCCCUCUGAUGGUCUUAGGAAAGGACAAGCUCUAAGUAAUCUAGCGAGUAUCUAUAUUGAUGUGGAUAAGUUGGACCACGCGGCUGACUGUUACACCAACGCUUUGAACAUCAAGCACACGAGGGCUCACCAGGGUCUGGCCCGAGUGUACCACCUCAAGAACAUGAGAAAGGCCGCAUAUGAUGAGAUGACAAAGCUGAUCGAUAAGGCGUGUUACAAUGCAUCGGCUUAUGAGAAACGUUCCGAGUACUGUGAACGUGACAUGGCCAAGACUGACCUCAGCACGGCCACCCGACUUGACCCGUUGAGGACUUAUCCAUAUCGAUACCGGGCUGCUGUUUUGAUGGAUGACCAUAAGGAAGCCGAAGCAAUUUCAGAGCUCACAAAAGCCAUUGCUUUCAAAUCGGACCUACAGCUGCUUCAUCUUCGUGCCGCAUUCCAUGAUUCAAUGGGAGAUUAUUCUUCUACCAUCCGAGACUGUGAGGCAGCCCUUUGUCUCGAACCUAAUCAUUCGGAUACAAUCGAACUCUAUCGAAAAGCACUAAAAAGGGCUAGUGAAAUACAAAAGUGAGUGAUCGGGAAAGAGAUUCUCAUCGUUUUUGGUGGAUAUCUCAUAAUUUCUCGUCACAGCUCAUGGAGCAAGUUUGUUUUUUUUCCCAAGUCUCCUUACGAGCUUUGUGAAUAGCGCAUCCGGCCAAAGGAAAAUGGAAAAAGUAUGUAAAUUGCAGAUGACUUGGAGAAAAAGGUAGAUUAUGUGAGCUCAUAAGGUUAUGUUGAGCUCAUCCACAAUCUACGUUAAGAGAGAAAAUGCCUUGUAAAACUCACACAUACUCCUUUUUUUGUUUUUUGUUUUUCAUUUUUAUUUAUUUAUUUUGGUUAAAGGUAGAUUAUUGAUGAGCUCACAUAAUUUUUUUGAGCAAAUUGUUAUGUGAUACAAUGUCUCUGUUCCAUCGAGCACAAGAAAGUGCUUGCAUUUUUUUUCUUUUCUUUUCAAAAGUAUUUAUGUACAUUAAAUUGCAGGUUGUGAUCAAGGUCUGUAUAAUCUGCUGUUGCUUUCUAAUGUGUUGGCAGAUAAGAUAUUUCUCCGUUAUGUCCAGAGCCUUCCUCUGCUUUUAGCUUUUCUCAAGCUUUUAACUACAAAAU